AUGGCAAACAUAUCGGCAAAAUCAGGAUGUAGUAGUAUGAUAAUACCUUCAAGCGCUACUUUCGAUUCACUUCCGGUGGAAAUUAUCACAUAUAUCAUGAAUUGCCUUUCAUACGAUGAUAUCAGUUUAUUGCGAGCCGUUUCCAAAAGUUUCGAUGUGGUGGCACGUUCCAUUCUAAAUAAUUCAUUUUUUCGUCUCGGUGAACAGCUGGAUAAAGCAUUAAGCCGAAUGAAAAAAUGUUACCAAAAAGGGAAUCACAACGAAGAUGAGGGACAGAAUGCGCAGAACUAG